AAGCCAUAUUCCUGUCCUGAGUGCGGGAAAUGUUUUUCAAGAAGUCCCAUCUUUACACACAUCAGAGAUCUCACACAGGGGGAGAAGCCGUAUUCCUGUCCUGAGUGCGGGAAAUGUUUUUCAACUGGGAAAGUCCAUCUUUACACACAUCAGAGAUCUCACACGGGGGAGAAGCCGUAUUCCUGUCCUGAGUGCGGGAAAUGUUUUUCAAGAAGGUCCAAUCUUUACACACAUCAGAGAUCUCACACGGGGGAGAAGCCAUAUUCCUGUCCUGAGUGUGGGAAAUGUUUUUCACAGAAGUCCAAUCUUUACACACAUCAGAGAUCUCACACGGGGGAGAAGCCGUAUUCCUGUCCUGAGUGUGGGAAAAUGUUUUUUCAACUAAGUCCAUCUUCACACAUACAUCAGAGAUCUCACACGGGGGAGAAGCCGUAUUCCUGUCCUGAGUGUGGGAAAUGUUUUUUCAAGAAGUCCAUCUUCACCACACAUCAGAGAUCUCACACGGGGGAGAAGCCGUAUUCCUGUCCUGAGUGUGGGAAAUGUUUUUCACAGAAGUCCUAUCUUACACACAUCAGAGAUCUCACACGGGGGAGAAGCCGUAUUCCUGUCCUGAGUGCGGGAAAUGUUUUUCAGAAGUCCCAUUUUCACAGAAGUCCCAUCUUUGAGUACACACAUCAGACAUCAGAGAUCUCACACGGGGAGAAGCCGUAUUCCUGUCCUGAGUGUGGGAAAUGUUUUUCACAGAAGUCCAUCUUCCAAACAUCAGAGAUCUCACACGGGGGGCAGAAGCCACUUUCCUGUCCUGAGUGA